AUGAUGGAAGUGGGAUUCUCUCUUAUUCAGUGGUUGAUCAGUUCUGGUGCUGAUAGUCCGUUUGUAUUCGGAUGGCUUGUAACCGGAUCCGUUGGGCUUCUGGCUGUCGUCUACACAUUUCUUAAAUGGCAGAAAAAGACUUCUCUGAAUUGGGUCAAAGCUGCUGCUAGAGAGAAGAAGAAGGUUUGGAAAAGACUGAGAGUUCCACUCUCUCACCAUCAAUGGACAGACGAUUACGGUUACGGGCCACAACCAUCCACCUGCUGCGUUUGUCUCUACUCCCUCGUCCCAGGCCAAAACGUUUCUAAUAAGGCAACUCUGAGCAUUCCCGUCCACCGUUGCUCUGUAUGCGGUGUAGCAGCUCACUUUUACUGCUCAGGCUCUGCAGCUAAAGACUGCAAAUGUGCUGCACAGGCCGGGUCUGACCAUGUUAGACACCACUGGUCUGAGCGAUGGGUUAACAUGGAUGACAAUGCUGACAUGUCUGCGUUUUGCUUCUAUUGCGAUGAACCGUGCGGUAUUCCUUUCAUUGAAGCUUCUCCGAUGUGGCAUUGUCUCUGGUGCCAGCGCCUCAUACAUGUGAAGUGUCACAUGAUUAUGUCAAAGGAAUCUGGUGAUGCUUGUGACCUUGGCUCUCUCAGAAGGGUGAUCCUCUCUCCGGUACAUGUAAAAGCCAGCGAAGAAAACGGUGUGGAUGGAGUGUUGAGUACUAUUAAGAACGAGUUGGCGUCUAUACGAGGGCAGGUGAGAAGAAAGCGCCACAGGGGUAAAAAUGGGAAUGGACAGUCUAUUAGUGGUAAGCUGUUGGAUGAUUCAGCCAGCAAUCCUGUGAAGAGUGUAGUCAAUGGGAUUGUAGUAAAGAAACUACGCAGAGAUAGGAGCAUAGAUUGCUUUAAGAAGGUCGUGGAGGUGCCUAAUGGUAGUAAUGGGAUGCAAAAUGGUGUAGGAGGGCCCAAGCGAAGUAAAAGUGCUGCUUUUAAUUUCAUGAAGACGUAUACUUUGGUUGAUUUGCCCCCGGAUACAAGACCGCUUUUGGUCUUUAUUAAUGCCAAGAGCGGUGGUCAACUCGGUCCUUUUCUUCAUAGGCGACUUAACAUGUUCUUAAAUCCAGUACAGGUCUUUGAACUUGGAUCUUGCCAAGGGCCAGAUGCUGGUCUAGACCUAUGUAGCAAAGUGAAGUACUUUAGAGUUUUGGUGUGCGGGGGAGAUGGAACAGUUGCUUGGGUGCUUGAUGCCAUAGAGAAGCGAAAUUUUGAAUCCCCUCCACCUGUCGCUAUCCUCCCGUUAGGCACAGGAAAUGAUUUGUCUAGAGUUUUGCAGUGGGGAAGAGGUAUUUCAGUAGUUGAUGGACAAGGAAGUCUAAGAACGUUUUUGCAAGACAUUGAUCAUGCUGCGGUUACAAUGUUGGAUCGAUGGAGUGUGAAGAUUGUAGAAGAGCGUACAGAAAAAUUUCCAGCAAGAGAAGGCCACAAGUUUAUGAUGAAUUACUUAGGUAUUGGCUGCGAUGCCAAGGUUGCAUAUGAAUUUCAUAUGAUGCGGCAAGAAAAUCCUGAAAAGUUUUGUAGUCAGUUUGUAAAUAAACUAAGAUAUGCUAAAGAAGGUGCAAGGGAUAUCAUGGAUCGAGCAUGUGCCGAUUUACCAUGGCAAGUUUGGCUUGAAGUUGAUGGAAAAGACAUUGAAAUCCCCAAGGAUUCAGAGGGUCUGAUAGUACUAAACAUUGGAAGCUACAUGGGUGGGGUAGAUCUUUGGCAAAAUGAUUCUGAACACGACGAUAAUUUUAGCAUUCAGUGUAUGCAUGACAAGACACUAGAGGUGGUGUGUGUCCGUGGAGCGUGGCACCUUGGCAAACUACAGGUCGGUCUUUCUCAGGCUAGGAGGCUAGCACAGGGAAGUGUCAUAAGAAUACAUGUUUCUAGUCCUUUCCCUGUUCAAAUAGAUGGAGAACCCUUUAUUCAGCAACCUGGCUGCUUGGAGAUAACUCACCACGGGCAGGUGUUUAUGCUAAGAAGAGCAUCGGAUGAACCUAGAGGGCAUGCGGCGGCGAUAAUGAACGAGGUCUUGCUGGAUGCAGAAUGCAAAGGAGUCAUAAACGCAUCUCAAAAGAAAGUACUUCUUCAACAAAUGGCUCUCCAUCUCUCUUAG